GUGUAUCUACUACAUACUAAUAUAAGUAGCCAUAGAGUAUCUCACUGCUCGUACGUGUCAGAUCUUGAGAGAACGGGCAUUAUCAGGCUUCUUUGGGAUCCAUAACAAUGAAGUUGACUCUUCUUACAAUUACCAUUCUUUUUGCUCUGGUUUUUUUCAAAGAAGCUCAUUCUGCUCCAGUUGGCUCAGAUGUGGUCUCCUGCUGUUUUGGGUACAUGGAGAAAGCCAUCCCUCGCAAACAUGUGGUACAUUAUUUCUACACCAGUGGCCGAUGCACUCAGAGAGCAGUUGUAUUAAUCACAAGAAAGAACCAGAAAUUAUGCGCCAACCCAGAGACCAAAUGGGUUCAGGAUCACAUUAAUUACCUGGAAAUGAGAGACAAUUAAAGAUAAUACAUGAGCCAGUAACCUGGAGAAAUGAGAUGUCAUCUUCUUGGCUUUAAUAUGAAACGCUAAAUUUGCCACUAAAAAAAACAAAAAAAUCUCUUGCUUUAUUCUUGUAUAAAUUACGCAAUUCUAGUUCACCUUAGUUUGACUUUAAUGAAUAACUACCACUAGCUGUUUGUAUGCUUUCCGUGCAUCUCUAAAGGGGAAGUGCUGUGGGAUUUUUGUUCUCCAUGAGCAUAAAAUACAUUGCUGUAUAUUUGUAAAGUAAGUUGGAAUUGACACAAACACGGAUUGAUGCUAUUUUGUUCCAAUAAACUUUUAUCUUUAGACCUGGA